AUGAAUGACACUCCAGUACCGGUGGCUGCACAAGACACACAAGACCCCAGAAAAACUGGAACCGAAACCGCUCAAGCAGAACUCAACUCGAAUCGACUCCAGACUGUCUGAAGAGGUCGUGCGGCAUUACAAAUCGCUAUAUCAAAUAUUGAUACAAGUGAAAGUAAUCAUUUACAAAAUGUCAUCGGCGCUGACGAACCUCUUGCAAUCGCUGCGCAUUGUGCCCUUGGGCCACGGAAAGGCCAGUAACCAAGUCGUGGUCAUAAAGGAACGAGUGAAGGUGGAGGAGCUGCCGGAGAUCAGUUUGGAGGAGGUGGCCCAGCACGACAGCUUCGAUGACUGCUGGGUGGUGAUCUACGACAGGGUCUACGACGUCACCCACUUCCUGAGGGACCAUCCUGGGGGCGAUGAUGUCAUCAUGGAUCACGCAGGACGAGACGCUACCAUCGCCUUCCACGGCACAGGACACUCAGGAGACGCCAUCGAACUGAUGAAGGACUUCCUAAUUGGCCAAUUGCCCGUCAAACAGCACAUUUUUCGCACUGGCAAAAACAAGGUUUUGUCCCUGGGCAUACCGGAAUAAUAUAACUAUAAUGUCAGCCGAUUUAGCGCCAAACGCCUUCGACGCCGUCCUCCACGUUACAUGUCUAUAUGUUUUAGAGUAUUCAUUGAUUUUGUGUCUAGUUUUAAUCAGCUUUUUUCGCAUUCCGCAAAACUGCUUUCGCUUAAUCAUCAAAAACCAUUCAGCCAACUAUGUAUAUUUAUAUGAUGGUAUAUACUUUGUCAAGACUUGAAACGGAUCUAAGAUUAAAUUAUUUAAUUGUGA